UAAUGCAUACAUCUGCGAGUGUCCUACGAGUGUUUCUGGACACCCUGCGGACAUCCGUCUGCAAGACUCUUGACGCGCGAUUUAUUUCCGGGUCUCUGGAUCUCCAUGGUGCGUUGCUACGUGACUUUGUCGGUGGAUCGUUCCGAGGAGCAUCGUCCUGUAACGACGGAGAACUUGGAUACACAUCGAGGAAGUAUACCCUGGACAACGUGGACAGGUUUCGUUCCGUGGUGAAAUCCACUCGCUAUUGCCAGCUACGGUGUCCGCGACAGUGAAAGCAGGGAUGAUCGAUGACUUUCAUUAGACCGUGGAUUCACAUAUUUUAGUGGAUAUCUGACACAGUGUCUGGAUUCGUGGAUACGAUAACUGGAGCAAGUUGCAUAAUACUGUACGUAGAGUGUGUGUCAAGGGUAGCGUGUGAAAGGUUCAAGGGAAACCAGAAGGGCGGAACAUCAAUCGAAGCAUCGAUUUUAAAGUCGAUUCAACCCGGAUAUAUCGUCGAUUUUGAUUCGCUGUUGUGCGCGCUGAGGGAAGCAGAAACGAUUCGACCAGGAAACGAUCGACAGUGAAACGAGUGAAAGACGUGUUAAAAAUGCUGUGUCGCUGGCUCGCUGUACUGAUACUCGCUGGUUUUCUGCUGGUUAUCGAAGGGAUUGCGGUCGGUCAAGGUAAUUUUGCACGGGAUCAAAAGCUGCACGGUGGAACUGUCUUCAGCAAUCACAACGUCACUAAUGCGACGUUCGAGAUGAACGUUCCACGAAACGUAACCACCGCAGUCGGUCAGUCGGCUUUUCUUAAUUGCAUAGUUCAUCAGUUAUCAGGUAAUGAAGAGGUGUCCUGGAUGCGUAAGAGGGACAUGCAUAUCCUGAGCGCCGGAACUUCUACUUACACGUCGGAUCUGAGGUUCGAAGUGAUCCAUCCGGUAAAGUCUGAGAACUGGACUCUGCACAUCAAGUCGCCGCAGAAACGGGACUUCGGUGUGUACGAGUGCCAGGUCAGCACGGAGCCGAAAAUGUCGCUGAACUACACCCUGAACGUAGUCGAGGCACGAGCCAGAAUAAGCGGCCAGUCGGAGAGGUACGUGAAGACCGGAAGUCUUCUUACGCUCACCUGCCAGAUGUCCCAAGGACCUCACGAUUUGGGCACAGUAGCUUGGUACCGUGGUAAUCAGCCAGUGGUAACAUCACCGUAUUCUGAAAACGAUGUCAACGGCAAACCACGAAUUACCGUCGAAACUGAGUGGAGCGAUGCCCUCACGUCGAAGUUGAACAUCACUCAUGCGAAGCCAAGCGAUUCUGGAAACUACAGUUGCGUACCCACUGUGGCGGAUAGUGCCAGCGUCAUCGUACACGUUAUCAAUGGAGAGAAACCAGCUGCAAUGCAGCACGGGAACACGGCAGCAGGCUCGCCGACAUCGAAGACUGUCCUUGUAAUGCUCGCCUUCUUUUUGGGUCAAUUGAGAUAA